AGGUUCACCUUCUUUAUAGACAAUUUAGUGAAGACGGAUCAGAAAGCUAGCUCUGUUUUUUUUUCUCUCAUACAGAUUUUCAAGCAAAAGACCGGAGCAGUCCUCCGGUCUCCCUCCUCUGUCGGAACGCACCAUCAAGGCCAAUCCAAGGACAGAAUCGGGUCGUCUCCUCCAGACCCGUAUCCGGAAAAUGGGUUCCAACACCAACAACGCGGGCAAGACCCGUUUCGCCAUCAACGCCAAGAUCAUCCUCCUCAGCUUCCUCUUCCUCUUCCUCAUCCUCCUCAUCGUCCGCACUACCUUCCCUUCUUCCCAGCAGCUCUACUCGCCCGUCCCAUCGUCCGACACCGAGCUGACGAUCCAGGCACAAGCCCAGGACGACUCUGCCGGCCCCGCCUCCGCCGCCGCCACCGACGGCUGCCCGUCCGCAACCGCCGCCGCGGCGUGCACCAAGACGCCGCCGACCUUGGCCCAAGCGCUCGUCCACUACGCCACCACCAACGUCACCCCGCAGCAGACGUACGACGAGAUCUCCGUCUCCCUCCGGGUGCUGGCCAAGAAGUCGCCGUGCAACUUCCUCGUGUUCGGCCUCGGCCACGACAGCCUCAUGUGGACGUCCCUCAACCACGGGGGACGCACCGUCUUUCUCGAAGAGGACAAGGCCUGGAUCGACCAGAUCACCCGGGCGCUCCCCACGUUGGAGGCUUUCCACGUCAACUACGACACCAAAGUCACCCAGGCCGACGAGCUGAUGAAGCUCCGGGACGAGGAGGAGUGCAAGGCGGUGACGGACCCGAGGUCCUCGAAGUGCGAUCUGGCGCACAAGGGAUUCCCGAGAGAGGUGUACGAGGUGGAGUGGGACCUGAUCAUGGUGGACGCGCCCACGGGGUGGCACAAGGAGGCCCCGGGGAGGAUGAGCGCCAUCUACACGGCGGGCCUCAUGGCGCGGAGCCGGGAGAGCGGCGAGACGGACGUGUUCGUGCACGACGUCGACCGGGCCAUCGAGGACGGCUUCUCCAAGGCGUUCCUGUGCGACGGCUACCUGACGGAGCAGGUGGGUAGGUUGCGCCACUUCACCGUGCCCAGCCACAGGGCUCGCCCCGGCAGACCCUUUUGCCCCUAGAGUCUACAAAUCUUUUCUUUUUCAGUGGCCCCUUCGUGGGGGGUAUUUACGGAAAUCCGCAAAGAGGGAAUGAAUUUCUUUUCACUUGUGAAUCCUUUUUUUUCUUUUUUUGGUGGGUAAUUUCAUUUAUAUUGCUGGGAGGGGAAUUAAUUCCCUAUUUUCGCUCUACGACGUGCAUAUGACCAGGCCACGUUAACGGAGAAUUUGCAUCCCAUUCAUUAAUAAGUAUUAUUACUAA